AUGAGAUCAAAAUGCAUUUUCAAGCCAAUUGUUCGUCCAGCAACAGCCCAGUCGCUGCGUCAAAUCCACGCUCGACCAUUCGACCGGCCAGACGAAAACGAACUGUUCCUCAAACCACCACGGAAAACAAAUCAUCUGCGGUCUCACAGCAAGCAAACGCUGGUUCUGUGCAAGUUACUCGUCCAAUUCUGGAAACAGCCUGCAAACGGAGACGAAGAGGCUUUAGAGGGGCAUCUAAUGCUCGUACCCUCCAAACGAACGCGGUUGCUACAAACUCACGAGCCAGCUGUCCAGCUCGUCUCUUUUCUUGUGAGACUGAAGCAAGGAGAUCUGGCCACGCGUGUCUUUUCCACGUAUAUACACAGUGGCCUUCGCUUUUCGCUGGAUGCCCUUCGCCAUUUGUGCCUCGUCGCGUCUUGCCUCAAACAACCAACACCCCUCGGCAACCUUGUGGACGAAGUAGUGCAUGCAGCCCCACGAUCGAAAAGUGGGGUGGGAGUCGUCAACGAUCUCAUCGUUCAGCUUCACUUUCACCGGCGUUGGGAUGCUGUUUUACGCCUGGGCUCGUUGGCGUUCGAGAAAAACGGACUGACCCUGGGCGCCGUACAGUAUCGAAAAACCCUUCAGUCACUAUUCCAUAUUCACCAAGCCGGUCGCAAGGCGUUUCCCGCCGAAAGUGCUGUGCGCAUCGAAGGUCUAUUGGAGACGCUUUCCCUGUGGAUCAAUGCCCGAGAAAAAGCAAAAGAGGCACUCAAUCAAUACGACCUAUCCGUCCUCAUCCAAGGACUCGCUUCCUUGUUGUACAAGAUUCACAAGCGCGAGGUUUCUAUUCCGACCCAGUACCGGUCCCUUGUCAUCAAUAUGAUCAACAUACUCUCACGUGGAAUGAACCAUCCUCUAUCACGGAUGUCCAUGGUCGAGGCCGUUCUCAAUAGCCAAGACGCGGCUCGAAUCCGCAUGAAUGGGCACAAGGACCCACCUACUCCGCUUGACUCGUUCAAGCCGCUCAUUCAUUGGGCGGCUCACCGAAGAUUUGAGCUAAUAGAGCACGAGGACGAUGCGAUGUUGGUAAAGGCGAACAAGAUGGCGACUCGUAGCCGAAUCGCCAAAAUCCUCGCUCGCGGUAGCGUCAAUACCCGGGAAGACUAUGGGUUUUUCGAUCAUCUUCAAGCAACCGUAGACAUUCAGAACCACCUCUCAACCGCUGUGACCGGCCUUGGCGGAGUUUCCGCCAAUGACGUUUUCGCUCUGCGUUUACUCGCGAUAGAGUCUCAAAAGCGGUUCACCAGUACCUUGAUCAGGCUCUGCUCGAGGUUUUUGCAAUCCCAGAGUUUGCCAGAACUAUUCCUCUUGCUCCCGUACACCCGACAUCUCCACGACUUGCGGACAUUCUCGCGCCUGUGGAGACGGGCACUGUUCAUGGUUGUACAAAAGGGUUGCUGGGAUGGAGACCUCGGGCUGAAGAGGCUGCUAUCAAUCCUGGUCGAAUCGAGACCACCUCGAUGGGAUGAAGCCACGAUCGGGGAGCAGCUUUUCGCCUCUUCUUCGUUGGCAGAGAAUUCAUUACGUGUCGCUAUUGUGAGCAUCUCCCUGGUGGCUCAUUCCACACUCUCUAUGGAGAAGGUAAACGAGUGGAUGCUGGAUCGCCCUCUGCCAUUUCGGGAAUGGAGCCAUCUCAUCGACCCAUUCAUUCGAUCACUAUCGUUACCAUGGUAUGAAGGGCUGAAAAUGAAAGAGGAUUCGCAAAUCGUUGCGGACGCCGCAAAAUCAUCUCAUAAACUCCUCGGCAGAAUGCGAAAUGUAGCAUAG